AAAACACCCCUGUGUCUGUUAUUAAUCCUGUCGGUUUUGGCAGUGACAGGAAAGGAAAGAAAUCAAGAUGGCUGUUCCCGAGGGCGUGGACAAGACGGCUACGGAUAGGGUUUCUUCGGUCGUCGAUGAGGAUGCUGUCGAGGAGAUUGACCCCGAAGCUGAGAAGGCACUGGUCUGGCGCCUGGAUGCCUUUUUCCUCGUUGUCGGGUUCUUAGGGUACGCGUUCAAGUACCUCGACCAGACCAACAUUAGCAAUGCUUAUGUCUCCGGCAUGGAGACGGAUCUGGACCUGCGUGGAAAUGAGUAUAACUAUUUUACCACUUUCUUCAAUAUCGGGUACAUGGUCAUGCUGUAUCCAUCGUGCGUGAUCAUUUCUCAUGUUGGGCCGUCGGUUUGGUUGCCUACAUGUGAGAUUCUCUGGGGAAUCCUCACUUGCUGUUUGUCGACCGUUAGCUCUGCAAAACAGGUGUAUGGGCUGCGCUUUUUGAUCGGCUUCUUCGAAGGCGCUACCUGGCCGGGCUACUUCACUAUCAUUAGCCAAUGGUACUUGCCUCACGAGAUGGCAUUGCGGAUGAGUCUAUACAACAUGGCCCAGCCCGUGGGCGCGAUGCUCUCCGGCGCCAUGCAGGGUGCGCUCUCCACCAACCUGAAUGGCGCGCUGGGACGGAGCGGUUGGCGAUGGGCGUUCAUUAUUAACGGCGUCUGCACCAUAUUCAUCGCGCUAGUCGCCUUCGCCGUUCUCCCAGGCUUUCCUGAAAAGCAAAACCCGUCGUCGAAGUUCUAUCUCAGACCUCGGCAUAUCAAAACCGCCAUCGCGCGCACGAAACGAGUAGGCCGCAAAUCGCAGGUCGGCAUCAAGCCCCAGAGCUUUCUGCGGUGCUUCCGGUUCUGGCAUCUCUGGCUGUUCUCGAUUGCCUGGGCGAUUGGCACCGGUACCACGCCGACCAGCUACUUCAACCUCUGGCUCAAGUCGUUGAAGAACCCUGACGGGACAGUGAAAUACUCCGUCGCAAUGCUCGACUACCUCCCGAUCAUCGGCCAGGCGAUCCAGCUCGUCGCCGAAAUCCUCUUCAGCGGAUUCAGCGACUAUUUCGGCGUCCGACUGCCCUUCCUCUUGCUGCACUCAGCCAUCAACAUCACCUCCCUCGUCAUCCUAGUCAUCCGCCCCAGCAACGAGCACACAUACAUGGCAGGCUGGUUCAUGGACUACGUCGGCGCCGUCUCCACGAUGCUCCUCUGCGCCUGGGCCGCAGCACACCUCGAAACGGAGCCAGAGGUACGCACGGUCCUAUUCGCGACGGGUACCCUCUUCUCGUACCUGUUCAGCGCGUUCCUCCCCAUCGCGGCGUAUCCGGCGUCAGAGGCGCCGAACUGGCAUAUCGGGGCGAAGUUGUACCUGGGCCUAUCUUGUCUGGCGACUGUCUUGUUCGUCAGUAUUCAUUUUGUCUUUAAGUGGGAGGAGAAGAGAAAGAGGCGGCAGGGUCGGGCGGGGGAUGCUUAGGGUAUGUGAAUAGAGGAC